AUGCAAUUCCGUGCCGCUACACUUUUGGUUUUUAUUUUCCAAUUUUUAAACAUUUUCAUUGAAGCUAAUCAACAAAUUCAGAAAAGAGAUGAUGAUAACGUAAGGUAUAUCACAUCUGAUGGUGUCGUUUACAAAUAUGCUAUAAAAACUAGUACAUUGGCUCCAGCAUCUGUUGUUGUUUACACUAGAUAUUACACUACCACAAUUGUUAGAGAAAUUACUUUGGCGAACAAUGAAGUCACAACCACUACUGAAGAGAUUACUAGUGCAAGUGUUUCGUCAGCGAGCGUCACUCCAUCUGCUUCCUCUAGUAGUGUUUCCGAAACUACCACAUCAAAAUCAGAAAGCGCCGCUUCUGUUUCAAGCUCUAUUUCUUCAAACAACGAUGAGGAAUCUGAAAUUCCAGACCAGUCUUUCCUAGACAACGAUAGCUCAAGUGUAUCUUCCUACAUUUCAUCAAUGUCACCAGAGACUUCUUCCAGUACUUCUUCAAGCUCUACUAUGCACAAUAGUACUGUCUCAAGCUUUAUGCCAUCCUCUGUCGACAAUUCUGGAUCAGAUUUUUCAUCUAGCAGUUCAUCUAGCAGUUCAUCUAGCAGUUCAUCUAGCAGUUCUUCAAGAAGUUCUUCAAGUAUGAGCUCUUCAAUCUCUAUGCCUAUCUCAUCUUCAUCUUCUUCAUCAAUUAGUAGUUGCUCAUCUUCCAGUUCGUUUGAUUUUGAUAACAAGUCCUAUUCAAUUUCAAAGUCCGAUGGUACUUGCUAUGUUUACUAUGAAGAUGAUGAAUAUUAUAGCACCGUUUAUCUGACCAAACCUGGUCAAAGUGUCGACGCCGCAACCACUAUAAAAAGUACAAAAACGGUAUACAAAACUGUUUCUGCUAAUUAA